UUAAGCUGGCUGUCGAACCAGCUGUUCUCUGCUGGGUGGAUUCCCGUUAAACUACAACAGUACAGUAAAAACCCUUGAACAGAAAAGAGACAAAUAUAAGGGCCUAAUCGCGUUUAAAACAUAAAAGAAAAAAAAAUAACAGUUCAGACAGACUUUUAAAAGAUGGCAUUGCAAGAAAAAAACAAUGGUUUUGGGCCAGUUUCUGAAGACAGAGGAAAUCGUGCAAGUAUUGCUAGAAUGAUUUUUCUGGGUUUGGUCCUGGUACUUAUUCCAGUAUACUAUGUCUGCUACUCAAACCACUCUUUGAAAGAUAUGGUCAAUGAAAUAGCAUUAUUAUAUUGCUCAGUUAUAUCAUCCCUUGUUCUUGGUGAAAUCUUUCGUCGUAGCAUUUUAUAUUUUGAGGAAAAGUUUCAUGUUGAAACACGUUACUCUGGUUCCAAAAUUAAAGCUUUUCAACACUGUAUAGCUUUUCCAAAAACUGUACUGGUGAUAUUUGUCUUCUUUGUAUCAACUUUUGGCAUGAUUGUUUGCCGUAUGAAUUCUGAUGGAUAUGACCUGUUUCCAUGGCCACUGUAUGUGUUGAUUACUUGCUGGAGCUCUGUAGGAAUGCAGUUGCUAGAAGUCAGAAGUUUAUCAUUGGUUGAAGUAUCUCAGCUAACAGAAACCAAGAUAAAUAAUGUUGCGACCGGAUUAGCAUGGAGUUAUUAUUUUGGCUAUCUCAAGUUGAUAUUACCAGGAAUACAAGGAAUGGUUAGAAAAGCAGUUAAGCCAGAUUUUGUACUUGAUGGCAACGAUUUAAGAGAUAAAAUCUCUAGCGAAAAGGUGUUUAUCAUUAUACCAAAAAAUUGUUGGUGCUAUGAAUCAUUUGACAAAGUGGAUAAGAGAAUCAGCUUUUUAACAUCAAUGCCAGAGCAAAGAAUCACCAGAGGUGGCGUACAAGAAAGAGUCUACAAAAAUACUCUCUAUCGUAUCCAAUUAGAAGGAAAGGAACCAAAGUAUAUCAUGAUGGAGUAUGCAACACCCUUGUUAGCCCUGUUUGACAUGGCACGUGAAAGCAAUGCACAGUUUACGAUGGCAGAUCGGGAUGAGCAGGUUGUGGAGUUUUACAAGAAGUUGAAGUAUAUUUUGGAAAGAAUUCCAGAGUGCAGAGAUAAGUUUCGUAUUGUCUUGGUAUCUGAUGCACACGAUAAUCUCGCUGAAGUUAUUUAUCAAGAACUUCAAGAAGAAUCUAUUAGAGUUUAGAGGAGCAAAUGGAUGAGGUUUUUAUUUGCAAUUUUUAUUAUAAUAUAAAGGUAGUUUUAGACUGUGAACUUUAGAUGAGAACAAUUUUGUUUCUUUUAUAAUUUGACUUAAUAUUUUCUUAAUAUUUUUAGAAAAAGAGUCAAAAUAACAAGGAGCAGAUGUUCCUUGUUGAUAAGAUCCUUUGUUUAUCUUUUUAAGACAGUCAACAAAAAUUUUUUUUUUAGGAACUCUAUAUUUCGUUGAAACCUCAGUUAAAGGUUAAAUUUUAAUUUCAGCUUUAGAAGUAUACUAAGAAGGCUUCAGAUUUAAACUUGCUUUUCCUUCGUUUUACUGUUAUGAUUUAGUAGAAAACAAAACUUUUAUUCUCAUUUUAUUCUUGUUUCAUAGGUAGCGUGUUCGAUUAUCGAGGAAUAAGUCUUGGUUUCUUGGUUUCUUGGUUUCUUGACUUUUUAACAUUUUCAUCCUGGUUACAAGCAUCUAGUACUUAAUGUUAGAUGCCUAAUUUUGUCUCAAACCUGAACCUCAGCUCUUAGCAACUUAGUUGCUUAUGAAACAUAAUACGUUUUGUGGUUGUUACAUACCCCUUUUUAGACUAAAGAAAUAGAAAUCCAUGUUAUUAUCUUUAUUUCGAGACUUUCGGUAGUUAAUGAUAACUUAAUUAAAACUUAAGUUUAAAAGAAUUGCAGCAGCAUACCACUGUAAAAUUUAAGAAAUGUUUGCAACCAGAGUAAGAUAAUUUUGUCAAGAAACUCAUGCUUUUUUAUCUAUAACUUAUUAUUAUUUCUCAAUUGUUUCAAACAAUAGACCUGAAAUUUUGACCUAAAAUCCCAGCCUGAUAUUCUCAUAACACACUGGGUAAAGGAAAGAAUAAUCUUAUGUAGAAUUUAGCUAACAACUAUCUCAGAGUGAAUAAACAUUGCUUAAAAA